AUGGGUUCAGCGACAUUCCUAGAAGUGAUACUGGCCAUUAUCCUACCACCUGUUGGGGUCUUCCUGCGUUAUGGCUGUGGAGUGGAGUUCUGGAUAUGUUUGCUGUUGACCAUAUUGGGAUACCUUCCAGGGAUAAUAUAUGCCAUUUAUGUAUUAGUUGGAUAGUGUGUAGAUCUCUCUUGAUGAGGUUUGAUAUUUGAAUGUUCACAGACAAUUCAGUUUGCCAGUCUUAUUUUUCUUAUUAUUAUUGAUCAGUUGUUUUCUCUUCUCGUAA